AUCAGACUGGCUGUUUGAAGAAAUUUUGAAGACCUGUCACUUCCUCUUGUGAAGACUAUAAAUCUUGCUACUACUAAAAAAUUAAAUAGUUGUAAAAGAAGAGACUAUCCCUUGCCAGCCAUUAAAGGAAAGAAAGGUCCACCGACUCAUCCGACUGUUGCAAUGCCUUGUCUGCUAUGUCCGCCUCUCUUGUGCUGCCUCCUCCUCCUCCUUCCCUUUCCAUUAGCCUCCAGUUCUGCUUCUAAAGGAGACACAGUGGUCAGAACCAGCAGUGGCCCCAUUAAGGGCAAGCAGUUCCUGGCUGGCCUUGGGUCUGUGACAGCCUAUCUAGGCAUUCCUUAUGCUAAGCCUCCCCUGGGGAAGUUGCGUUUCCAGAAACCUCUUCCACAUCCGCCAUGGAAGCAAACACUGGAGGCCACCAGUUUUGGCAAUUCCUGUCCUCAAUUUAUUUUCCGGGAUGUCCCUGAAGCAGAUAUAUGGUCUCCUAAAACACCACUGUCAGAAGAUUGCCUUUCCCUCAACAUCUGGGUGCCACACCCACAACCUUCUUCACCAGUCCCUGUUUUGGUCUGGAUACACGGAGGGAGUUAUGCAUUCGGCACAUCUUCUGUGGAGGUGUUCAAUGGGGCAUCCUUGGCUGCCACUGAGAACGUCAUUGUGGUCACCAUCAAUUAUCGCUUGGGAGCCCUGGGCUUUCUGUACUUGCCACCAGCUGCUCCAGGGAACCUUGGCUUAUGGGACCAACAGCUGGCCCUGAAGUGGGUAAAAGAGAAUGCAGCUGCCUUUGGGGGAGAUCCUUCUCGGGUGACCAUUUUGGGCCACAGUGCUGGAGGAUCUUGUGCGAAUCUCCAACUUCUUGCACCAAAAAGCCAGGACCUUUUUGCCCGAGUGGUGAUCCAGAGCGGAACAGCCAAUGCCUAUUGGGCUUUGAGGUCUCCUGAGGAAGCCAAACGGUUAUCUCUGGAAUUUGUUCAUCUGCUAGGUUGCUCCGAGGACAAUACUAUCAGCAUAGAGCAUUGUCUGCAAACAAAAAAUGUUUCUGAACUUAUUCGGCAUGAAAUAGCUAUGUCCUUCAAAGGCCUCCUUGCGGAUUUUCCCUUCAGGCCAAUCAUAGAUGGGGAGUUUUUGCUUGGUGAUCCAGAAAAGCUCAUGGAAGAGGGGCAAUUUCAGGCCAAACCUAUCCUCAUAGGUGAAACCUCUGAUGAAGCGGCCACAUACGUCCACACUACUUUCCCUAACACCACCCACAAUCUCAUCAAUCAGGAGCAGCUUCUGAAAGGGAUACAGCUGUUGGCGCCAAAUGCAACUGAAGAUUUUAUUCGGACUAUUGCACUGAAGUACAGUGAAGGAAAUCACGGCCCAGCAAAAUAUCGCUCCGCUAUGUCCCAAUUCUAUACAGAUCGGAUCUAUGCAUGCCCAAUGAGGGAAGCUGCAGGAAAUAUCAGGAAAAGUGGGAGUCCUGUAUAUGCCUAUGUAUUCGCACAUCGCCCUUCAUGGUCAGUUUGGCCUGAAUGGAUUGGGGCAUCUCAUGGUGCUGAUGUUCCUUUUGUUUUUGGAACCCUUGAAUCAACGCUGCCUUUCAAUCGAACAUACACAGAGGCUGAAGCCAGGCUGAGCCGUAAGAUGAUGCACUACUGGGCAGAGUUUGCCAGAACUGGGAAUCCCACUGGGUCAGCAGCCAGCAAGUAUAAGUGGCCACUCUAUAAUGCCGCAGAGCAGAAUUUCUUCCUUCUUAAUACUGAGCCAUCCCAGGAAAGGGUGAAAGAACACUGUGAUUUUUUAAAGAGCCUUUUUUCAAAGGCUGAAGAGACACAGCAGUCCGAAAGUGAUUCUGUUUCAUCGGAAUAGGAAGAAGACAGGAGGAAUCAAUCAAGACUUCUCUUUAAAGCCUGGGCAAAUGAUGACAAGCUGCACCAGAGAACCUUCCAGAAGCAUCCAUUGUCCUUUCAGAGACUGACUGGUGGGACCUUGGAAGACAAAUAAAGAGACAACUAAACCCCACAUCACUUUUGCUGUUAAAAUUAUAAAUUGCUAGGUGUAAUUUGUUAUAUCUUGAUUUGAGAGAGGCUUUUAAUCAAUUCUGCUCCCUCAAAAAAGAACCUCUUAAUAAAUACUGUUUGAAUUCUUAGGAUAAAAAUCCUUUUAUUUUCACAAUGAAGGGAAAUUGUAAUAAGGAUAUAAUAAAUAAUAGUAGAAUAUAUUAUACUGGAAUACUAUAAUUAAUAGAAACUUGUGAUUCUGUAAACAUUUGUUUCCUGCAGCUCAUAUAUGUUUUAUGUUUAUGUUUGUUUAUGUUUUAUUAAUUUGUAUACCGCCGUUCUCCCGAAGGACUCAGGGCGGUGAACAGCCAAAAUUAAAAUACAUACAGUAGAAAAAUUAAAAUAAAUUAAAACAGAAUUAAA